UUUUUAAAAGUAACACAAUCCCUCUGCUCAGGUUUAUCCGAUAUCUUAAACACGUGUGGAUGUCAGAAACACAGUCCUGUCUUGUGUCAUUCCCCUGAACUGUAAACUUCUACAGUUCUGUAAUGUAACCCUAGCUGGGAGAAUGCUUAUAACAGGGAACUCCAAACCUUCAGAGACAUUGGAGAUGUUGGAGAAAUAUGGUUUGGGGAGGAAAGUAUGAACCGUGUAAUCCGGUGGAUGGAGAAACAGAACACACCUGAAAAUGCUGCCAUAUUGGACAUUGGCACUGGAAAUGGUGUCUUUCUGGUAGAACUGGCAAAGCAUGGGUUUAUGAAUCUUACUGGAAUAGAUUAUUCCAGUGCCUCAAUAGAACUCGCAUCAAAUGUCCUGGCAGAAGAGGGCUUAACAAACAUUAAAGUUCAGGAACAGGAUUUUCUGAACCCCUGUCCUGAGCUGAAAGGGUUUGACCUGUGUAUAGACAAAGGCACUUUCGACGCUAUUAGUUUGAACCCUGAGGACAGAGAAAUGGCAAAACUCCAGUAUCUCACAUCACUGAAAGCCGCUCUUAAGCCGCAGGGACAUUUUGUCAUCACCUCCUGUAACUGGACCAAAGAACAGCUGCUGCAGAUCUUCAGCCCAAGCUUUAAAUUGCUACAAGAGCUGCCUACACCGUGUUUCCAGUUUGGUGGUGUGACUGGGAACAGCGUCACAGUUUUGGUCCUCAAAAGACUCAGCUGACACGGUUUUAAAGUGUCCUUGGAAAUCAUUUGUAAACUUGUAAAUGUCCCACUGCUUAUUCUUAUGUUUCUUUCUCACAUGCAUAAAAAUAAAAAAGGAUUUGAAAUGC